AAAAAAGCACACAGUUCCACACCUUUCAUCAGGCGGGCCCGGUUUUCGAAUCAAUCUUCGAAUAGUGGCGUGUUAAUUUGUUAACUUCUUUUCCGAAAGGUCGACCUCCGCCGAAACUAGGCAAAGAAGGGGUCACUCGAACUCGCCGCGAGCUAUGGAACUGAGCACGACUAUUGGUCGCUAAAAUUUAGACGAACGAAAAAAUGAAGAAAACAUGAACCGUCGCCAAAUAAUUGCGGGUUCAUACCGAAAGAUAUAAAUAAGAGCUCAGGGUUGGAGAUUGAUAUCAGUUGCUGUGGUAAGCUCAAAGCAAAAGUGAUUUAGUUGUUUUCUCUUCAAGUGCCAACAACUUGCCGUUUUGGUAAAAAUGUUUAAAUUGGUUAUAAUUAUAUCACUGAUAGCCCUUGCGCUAGCCUUUCCACUGGGCCCAAUUGUGGUGAAAAAUUCGGAAGCCGAUGCACAGAUCCUGUCGUACGAAAAUGUCGUCCACGAUGAUGGACACUUCGGUUGGUCGUACCAAACAAGCAACGGAAUCAGUGCCCACGAAGAGGGUCAAGGUGCGCACGCCGCGAACGGAAUGUUCACCUCCACCGGACCGGACGGCACACAGUAUCGGGUGCAGUACGUAGCCGACGAGGCCGGAUACCGGGCCGAAGGUGCCCAUCUGCCAACCCCGCCACCAACGCCGGAUCAUGUGCUGAAAUCGCUCGAGCAGAUCCGAGCCAAUCCACCCCGAGAUCAGAAAGACUUCAGCCUGGAAGCGCUGGAUGCCACCAUUGCGCGACUGAGGCACUGAACUGCAGCUGUGUUUAUUUUUAAAUAUAAUUUGUUGUUAUUGUUCGCUGCGUAUGGCAAAUACUAAAUAGUGAUGAAUUUC